AUGUGGUUUGAUUCUUUAGAUAUGAUCACAGAGAUAAUUUCCCCAGACAUUCUGGAUGAAGCUACCAAGCUUGUAGUCACCAGCGCGAUAUAUUUUAAGGGUGCGUGGAAAUCUCAAUUUGACGUAGCAAAGACACACGAAGGGGAUUUCACUGGAGCCGAUGGAGAUGUGUCUCAAGUUCCCAUGAUGGUCCAAAAUUCAAAAUUCAAGUUUGGUAUGGCCAGUACGCCUAAUAAAGUGGAAUAUAAUGUUCUCCAGCUACCAUACAAUGAGGCAGUCAGUAUGUUUAUUAUCCUUCCAGUGGAUAGUAGCACCGCACUCACUGAAAUAAUUCCUCACAUCAAUGUAAAUAGUAUAAAUGCGUGGAAGAAAAUCUUGAAGAGUAAUAAACUUGACAUUUCUAUACCUAGAUUCACUGCUGAGUCAGAGACUAAAUUGGAGGAACUACUUGCGCCUCUUGGAAUCACAAAUAUAUUUGAUAAAGCCAAAGCGAAUUUCAAAAAGCUCUCUAAGGGUCGUGGUCUGUAUGUUUCCCAAAUCCUGCAGAAGGCUAAAAUUGAAGUAAACGAGGAGGGUACGAAGGCCUCUGCAAUUUCAGGCAAGUAUGCCAGCAUUGUAAACUUAGACCAGAGUAAAGUGCUAUUCGAACAAUUUUAA